AUGGCGCAUUUAGAUUUGAAUUACUUCACAUGCACUUUAGGGCAAGCAGCAACCCUACGAAAAGAGGAUGAUGGAAACCAGAAUUCCUUCAAAACAAUCUUAUCAUUGAUUGAAACGCAAGCAAAACGCCUCCCUGGGCAUCCGGCCCUCGGGCUUGCCAACUAUAAAUCGAAUAUCUCACCUCACUGGCCGCUCGACCAAGUUACAUUUUCAGAAAUAUGCAGCCUAUCAAAGAUAGCGGCCGCAAAGCUCGCGAAAGCUUUAGAUAUCGAAGCUAGAAAUGAUGAAUCACCUGUAGUAGGGAUAUCGUGUGCCAGUAACCUCGAAUUCGUCUUAACAUGGCUGGGGCUCAUGCGACUAGGGUGUAAGCCAUUUUUGCUGGCUCCUCAACUUGACUGUCGAGCGCUAGAACAUCUUUGCAAGAAUUCUGGCAUCAAGACGAUUCUCAUAGACGAGUCGCAAGAAAAGCGGGGCACCCAAUUUAAAGGGGGCAUUAACAUAAUCAAGAUACCAUUAUUCCAGGAAGCGCGUUCCCCAUAUGACGGUUAUUUCGACCAAAAUUCGUAUCUCGAUACAGAAUGCGAUAUAGCGUACUUUUUGCACUCUUCAGGCACAUCAUCUGGAGUGCCGAAGCCAAUGCCGCAGACUCAAUGGGGGGCAGUGGGUUGCUUGCCAUGCUUUCCACGUAUAAACCAACCUGCCACAUUUACGACCACGCCUCUAUAUCACGGUGGCCUGGCAGACUGCUUCAGGGCUUGGACUAGUGGGGCUAUGAUCUGGCUCUUCCCAGAAGGCGUGGUACCUGUCACCGGCGCCAAUGUUGUCCGCUCAGUGGCAUACGCCAGCGAAAGAAGCUCAGUUCCCGUGAAGUAUUUCUCAUCUGUGCCGUAUGUGUUACAAUUACUAGCCGAAGAUAAUGAAGGAGUUCGUAUGCUCCAGGACAUGGAUCUAGUCGGUGUUGGUGGCGCUGCUUUGGCCGCUUCGAUCGGUGAUAAGUUGGUGGAGCGGGGAGUUAAACUGGUGUCGCGGAUGGGGAGUGCCGAAUGUGGGUUUCUCAUGUCUUCGCACCGCGACUAUGUUCAGGACAAGGAAUGGCAGUACCUCCGGCCGAUCGAUGACUCUACGCUUCUGUCAUUUGAACCGAGAGAAAGCGGCUUGUCAGAGCUUGUCGUGAAGCCGAACUGGCCACUUACAACGAUAACAAAUCGCGACGAUGGUUCGUAUGCUACGUCGGAUCUAUUCGAACCGCACCCGUCACUGAAAAAUGCUUGGCGAUAUCACAGUCGAGCGGAUGCUCAGAUCACGCUAGCGAAUGGCAAAAAAUUUGAUCCUUCUCCGCUUGAAGAGUCCAUAAAAACUUCGAGUCCACUUGUACGCGACGUCCUCAUCUUCGGUGCAGGCAAAGACUAUGCUGGUGCUCUAUUGUUCAAGACAUCAAACGAAUCUUCCGACGAAGGUGUUAUUGAAGCUGUUUGGCCACAAGUUCAGAAACUGAACAAGGAGACGCAAAGUCAUUGUCGUCUAACGAAGUCGAUGCUAAUUGCCAUCGAACCGGAAGGAGAAGAACCUCUACCAAAGAGCAGCAAGGGGUCCAUAUUACGGCAUCAAGCUGAGGCCCGGUAUGCCGAUGCGAUCGAGAGAUCCUAUUCGGGUGGGGGAAUUACUCCUAUAAAUAACCAGGUCGUUUCUGAUGCGGAUCUCAGCACCUUCGUCCUGGACUUAUUUACUCAAGUUCUAGGUCGCGAAAUCGACCCUCGUGGGGAUGUUUUCCAGCAGGGGGUUGACUCGAUAGCGUGUAUCCAGAUAAGAAAGCGCAUCGAGUCUCAUAUUUUCCCCGAAAGAUCUCCGAAACUACCCCUGAAUAUUAUUUAUGAUAAUGGAAACGUUAUUACAUUGGUCGAGAAUCUCAUCCGAACGCGCAACGGUAAAAGUCUCUGCGACUCUGACGGCAGCGUCGACGAACUGGAGCUGAUGCAACAGCUCGCCGACAAAUACAGCGAGUUUGAGACAUAUAACGUCGGUUCGCAUAAGAAAGACCGCGAUGUUGUUGUACUUACGGGUGCUACAGGAGCACUCGGAGCACACAUGCUGUCUGCACUAUGCAACGAUGCUAGAGUCCGCAAGGUCUACUGUCUGGUUCGAAGCCGGACAAAACUUGGUGCUAAGAAGCGGGUAUUGAACGCGUUAUCAGAUCGUGGAUUGCCGAGGCCCCAUGGUCUAGACAUAUCACAAGUUACUGAUGACAAAGUUGUCUGCCUCCCCUACCGAGUUGCUGAAGCUCAUCUCGGUCUUCCUGACCAAGAAUGGACAUAUAUCGUGGCCGAAGCUACGGUUUUCAUCCAUGCAGCGUGGCCGGUUAACUUCAGUCUCCGUCUUAGCUCUUUCGAAGACCAUAUAGCGGGAACACGGAACGUGAUCGAUAUGGCGGUUUCGAGUAGCGCACGCUGCUUUUUCAUUAGCUCGACAGCAGCAGUGAGUGCCGACCCAUCAUCCGUUAUCGCGGAGAAGGCGUCGCUAGAUCCAUCGCAUGCUUCGGCUCUGGGCUACUCAAGGUCCAAAUGGGUAGCGGAGCGAGUUUGCGCUAGAGCCCAUGAGAGAUUAUUCAGGGACUCGUCUACUCGUCCUUCGAUGAGUACGGACAUCUCGGUGAUCCGUGUUGGUCAGCUCUGCGGGAAUCAAGCUGGCGUAUGGAACGCAACCGAAGCGUACCCGUUGAUGCUAUCAACCGCUUCCCUCGUGCAGUGUUUACCAGAACUAUCACAUGAAACGCUGAAUUGGUUACCGGUAGAUCAGGCAGCAAAGAUAAUCCUGGAAAUCGCGCUGCCGGAAAAUGAACCCCUCAAGGCGCUAGCUAGCUCGGAGAUACCCAUAUACCAUGUUUUGAACCCUCACAGGUCGCCAACAUGGAAUCAGUUGCUUCAGUGGGUCUCAGAGACGCCAGAAGAUCCUUCAUUCCAAGUAGUCCAACCUGCAGAAUGGCUGCGGCAACUGGAAUCGUCGUUUAGUGGUUCACAAGCAAGACAUCCGUCCCAAGCCCUACUGGGAUUGUGGAGACAGCGAUAUACUGAUGCGACUAUCCCCUCCGAGCAGAAAGAUGAGCGCCGCUAUACCAACACCCCGGAGUACCCCAUAUUUGAUAUCGUAUCUAGUUUGCGAUUGUCACAGACAAUGAGAAAUAUUAGACCUCUCAGCCAUGAUAGGGUAAUGAGGAUGUGGAGUUGGAUCCAGGAGAAUAUGACGAUGAGAGAUGAUGCACAGCACCUCAUUACAUAA